UGCGGGUGAUCUCUCAGUAGGACCCCAUGAGCUACUGAUUGUUAGUUGUGGUAAAUAUAAGUACAUAUAUUAAAACAUUGUUCCGCGGUUGAGCUUUGACCCACCGGUCAGACCAAUGAACCAAUGAAAGCACUACUGAUUUGACUGCUGGUCCGGUUAUUUUAACUAUGCUUGCAACUGGUAGCAUCUUAAUAAUGUGUAGUAGUAUGCAUGCCUUUUGUGACCUUUUAAAGCCAUGGUUCUCUCUCUUUCUCUGACCAUUUAGGGCUUCAGUAAAUGCUAAGUACUCAGGCAGGCAGAGGUACAAGAAGACAACAUUUUUUUUCUAAUAAUGGAAAGAAAAAACAACUCCUAACAUUUAACAUCUUGCACUAGUUAUUCCUUGAGUCCACUCUAAAGGAGAUCCUCCACUUUCCCUAAAGUAUAUCUGUUAAUUUUAUCUUGUACUGUAUGCGUGUAACAGAAAAAAGAAAAUUGUUAAGUUAAUCAUGCACCAAUCUAGAGGCGUAUUAAGCUAAGUUUUUGGGUACCAAAUAUGUACUUGUCCAAAGUCAACAACAACUAAAGAAACGUUAGCAAUAACGUGUUUGCAAAAGAGAGACUUGCAAAUGGUGUGCAUCUCAAGAAGAGAGACUUGCAUAGUCUCUUCUAGUAAUCAUAUAGUAACACUUGCUAGGACAACUCUAACAUUGUGCCUACCUGCAGAAUAUCUCAGCUCAGCAGCGAUAUGGAGGGAGCCAUGGUAAGCGCUCUGACGGGGGCACUGAACUCUCUUCUCUUCAAGCUCAAUGACCUGCUCGGAAGCGAACACAAAUCUCUCAAAGGGUUAAGGGGGGAGAUCAGGUUCCUCGAGAGCGAGCUUCGCAGCAUGAACUCGAUGCUUGAGAGGCUCGCAGACAUGGAGGAAAUCGAUGCCCAGACAAAGGAGUAGAGGGACAGGGUGCGGGAGAUGGCCUACGACAUCGAGGAUUGCAUCGACCUCUUCGUGCAUCACCUCGGCUCCCUCACCGGGAAAGCCGGGGUCAUCAAGAAGAUGGCAUGGAGAAUCAAGGGGCUACAGUUGUCGCAUCGGAUCAGCGGGCGGAUACAAGAGCUGAAGGCUCGUGUCAUGGACGAGAGCGAUCGGUACAGAAGGUACGACACGAUGAACAUCUCCAGCAUGAGCUCUGAAGCACAUCUGCACAGAGAUGCCUCCGGUUCUAGAACUAGAUCAGUUGAUCCUCGAUUGUCCGCUCUCUACACGGAGGCGGAGAGACUUGUUGGAAUCGAUGGACCAAAGGAUAAGAUCAUCAAAUGGCUAAUGGAUACGCAAGGAGGCAUCUCACAACGGCUCAGAACAAUGGCGAUCGUUGGGUGUGGAGGUUUGGGCAAGACCACACUUGCAAACCAAGUUUACCUUGAAGUUAAAAAUCAGUUUGAUUGCAGCGCUUUUGUGACCGUGUCGCAAAAUCCUGACGUGAAGCAUGUUCUGGCAAAAUUCCUCUCUGAUGUUUCCGGGGCCAUUGGUGGUGCAUUGGCUGAUGAACAUCACUUAAUCAACAAGCUAAGAGAAUACCUCCAGGAUAAAAGAUAUUUUCUUGUCAUUGAUGAUAUAUGGGAUGCACAAACUUGGAGAAUAAUUGAGUGUGCAUUGGUCAAGAACAGUCAAGGUAGCAGAAUAGUCACCACAACACGUAUAAAUGAAAUAGCUAAAUCUUGCUGCUGCUCUUAUGGUGAUCAAGUAUAUGAAAUGAAAGCUCUUUGUGCUACUGACUCCAAAAGAUUGUUUUUCAGAAGAAUUUUCAAUUCUGAUGAAAGGUGCCCUCCUCAAUUGAGGGAAGCUGCCAAUAACAUAUUGAGAAAGUGCGGUGGCUUACCAUUGGCUAUUAUUUCUAUAUCAAGUUUGCUGGCUACCAAACCAAAAUCAUUAGACCAGUGGGAUAAGGUGAAAAGUCGAAUUAAUUAUACACAAGAAAACAGUCCAGAUAUUGAAACAAUGGCAUGGGUUUUAUCUCUCAGCUACUUUGAUCUUCCUCAUCAUCUAAAGACAUGUUUAAUGUAUUUGAGUAUAUUUCCAGAAGAUUAUGUGAUAAAGAAAGAGCGUCUAAUAGGUAGAUGGAUUGCUGAAGGAUUCAUUCAUGCAAAACAAGGGGAAAGCCUAUAUGAGAUAGGAGAGAAUUAUUUCAAUGAGCUCAUCAAUAGGAGCUUGCUCCAGCCAGUAGACAUAGAGGAUGAUGGUCAGGUGCAUGCUUGCCGAGUGCACGAUACCAUCCUUGAUUUCGUCGUGUCCAGAUCAAAUGAAGAAAAUUUUGUUACUAUGGUUGGUGCUUCAGAUCUCACAUCUACUCCAACUGGCAAGAUUCGUCGCCUAUCAUUCCAUAAAAACAGUGAAGGAAGUGUCACAAUGCCAACAUACCUGCUCAGAUCCCAUGUCCGGUCAUUGACGACAUUUUUGCACGCUGGACAGGUGCCUCCUCUUCUGGGUUUUUAUGGUCUGCGUGUGUUGGACCUUGAAAAUUGUAGUGGAUUGAAAAACCAUGAUCUUAAAAGUAUAGGAAGACUAAUUCAGUUGAGGUAUCUGAACAUCAAAGGGACAGAUAUAAGUGAUCUGCCAUGUCAGAUACGGGAACUUCAAUAUCUGGAGACAUUAGACAUCAGAUCAACUCAUGUGAAAGAAUUGCCUUCAGCAAUUGUUCAGCUUCAACGGUUGGCGCAUCUGCUUGUUGAUUGCCAUGUUAAACUACCUGAUGGAAUUGGAAAUAUGCAAGCAUUGGAAGAGCUAACAGGUUUCUCUGUUUUCAUGUAUCCUUCAACAUUUCUGCAAGAGAUAGGAAAGAUCUCCAGUCUAAGGGUGUUGAGGGUAGUUUGGAACUACGUCGACUUUCAAGGAAAUGCAGAAACUUACAGGGAAAAUCUGGCCAUUUCUCUCACCAAGCUAGGCACAUGCUACCUUGAGUCUCUUUCUCUUGAUAUCCAUGGACAUGACGAGGAAGACGAUUUCUCACUACAUUUGUGGACCCUUGCUCCUUGUAGACUCCGGAAAUUAUACAUUGGUCGAUGGCAUCCCAUUUCCAGGAUACCAAACUGGACUGAAUCCCUUGCAAACCUUCAGUACUUGCAUAUAUAUGUCAAAAGAAUUAACCAAGAAGAUCUGAGGAUGCUUGGAAGCAUACCUUCUCUCCUCACUCUAUACCUAUUCUCCGAUGAGGCCCCUAAAGAGAAGCUCACCAUCAGUAGCCAAGGAUUCCAAUCUCUAACAUUCUUUAAGAUUCACUGCUAUCAUAUGGGAUUGGUUUUUGAGGCAGGAUCUAUGGCAAAGCUCGAGUACCUUCAUAUCCUGAUCAGUGCAUUUCAAGUGAAGUCUUGGGAUGGCAGCUUUGAUUUUGGGAUUCAGCAUCUCUACUGCCUCACCAAGGUGUAUGCCUAUAUUAACUGUUAUGGCUUGACCGCUGAGGAGGCUGAAGCUGCAGUGAAUGCCAUUAUGAUUUCUGUUGACACGAUCCCUAAUUGUCCCAAGCUGCAGAUUGAUAGGCGAUAUGCACCCUUGUGAUGAAGAAUAAAUAUUUUUUUUUUGCUAACUGAUGCACAUACUGCUGCUGUGAUCUCAAUUGUUACAUCUAUUUUUCACUUCCAUAUAUAGCUUUGCUCCUGUAAUUUCUUUCAGCAGUAUCAAAUUAAAGGGCUUGAGGUUUGGCAA